AAGCCCAUCCCCAAUUCCUACUGGGCCACCCCCUAUCUGGUCGCGUGUGAGUUCCCGUUCUGCCCACAGACGCCCGAGCAAGUGCAAAAGCACACGAAGCAAAAGCUCGACGCGCUCCUGCUCGCAGGCGUCCGCACUUUCAUCGACCUCACCGAGCCCCACGAGCUCUUCCCGUACUCGCCACACCUUACAGAGCGCUGCGCGCUCGUCGGCAUCGACCCCCGCGAGGUCGAGUACCACAACUUCCCCAUUCGUGAUCGUUCGCUGCCAGACUCCGUCGACUUCGUUCGCCGCAUCAUGGCCGUCCUCCGCGACAACGAAAGCAGAGGGCGCAUCGCCGCCGUUCACUGCCGCGGAGGUAUUGGCCGCACGGGCCUCAUCGUCGGGUGCUGGCUCGUCGAUUGCGGGAUCGCAAAGGACGGGGACGAUGCGCUCCGAAUGAUCGCCGAGGAGUGGAAGACGGUCGAGAAGUGCAAGCGGUACCCGCUCAGUCCAGAGACCGGCCCCCAGCACGAGUACGUGCGCACGUUC